AUGCAGGAGCGUGGCGCAUCCCGAGGCGAGCCACCGACAUCUCCGUCCCUCAGCGCCCACGGAUCUCGGCGCAUGGAGCCGCUCGGGAGUAACCAUGGGCUAAAAGCAGCUGAGAGCUGCGGUGAAGACUCCCUUUUCUCAAUAAGCAGCAAAAUCACCGGGAAAUCUUGUGAAUACAAUGGCACCACCUACCACCAUGGCGAAAUGUUUGUGGCUGAGGGGCUUUUCCAAAAUAGGCAAGCAAACCAGUGUGCCCAGUGCAGCUGCUCAGAAGGAAAUGUGUACUGUGGAUUGAAGACUUGUUCCAAAUUAACUUGCUCUUUCCCAGUUUCUGUUCCGGAGUCCUGCUGUCCAGUUUGCAGAGGAGAUGGAGAAUUAUCUUGGGAACAUUCUGAUGGAGAUAUAUUUCGACAGCCAGCCAACAGGGAAGCUAGACACUCAUACCAUCGCUCCCAUUACGACCUGUCACCGAGCUCUGCCAGGCAGGUAGUCAACAUUCCACGAUUUCCCACUGCCAGGAGUAACCGUGGAGUCCUACCGGAUCCCCAGCAGGCAUCGGGAACAAUAGUACAAAUUGUCAUCAACAACAAGCAUAAGCACGGACGAGUUUGUGUUUCAAAUGGCAAAACGUACUCACAUGGUGAGUCUUGGCAUCCCAAUCUCCGGGCCUUUGGAAUCGUAGAGUGUGUGUUGUGCACCUGCAACAUCACCAAGCAAGAAUGUAAGAAAAUUCACUGUCCAGAACAAUAUCCCUGCAAAUACCCUCAGAAAGUAGAAGGAAAAUGCUGUAAAGUCUGUCCAGAAGAUGUGCCAAGUCAAACCUUUGACAACAAAGAUUAUGCCUGUGGGAAAGAGAUAUUUCCUGUCUAUGAAUCCAUUUUCACAGAGGAAGGAGAAACUAUCAGGAAAAUUGCAAUAGAGAUUGAAAAGCCACCUCAAAUAGAAAUACAUGUGUGGACAAUUAGAAAAGGGAUUCUGCGUCACCUCUAUAUUGAAAAAUUGUCCAAGAGAGAAUUUGAAGGACUUCCUUACUUCAAGUUAAUAACAAGGACAACACUUAGCCAGUGGAAAAUAUUUAGUGAGGGAGAAGCUCAGAUCAACCGAAUGUGUGGAAGCAGAGUGUGCAGGACUGAGCUCGAGGAUUUGGUAAAGGUUUUGUACCUUGAAAAGUCUGAAAAGGGUCACUGUUAAGGGAGACAGCAAUGGAGGGAAAAACACAAGAAAACUUAGGAAAACUUGGAUCUGCAGCUGGACUGCAGGCUUAUUUUGCUUGAGUCAACAGUUGCCCUAAACCCCAAAACUAUAAUGCAGUAAUUAUUCACAUCAUGCGCAGCAAAUUUGCUGCUUUAUGUGUAGUGGUCUAUGUCAACCAUUCAAAUAUCUCCUCCAAGAGUAGA